AUGAGUCCCCCCUCCUCCUCCUCUUCCUCCUGGGACCUAGCCCUCCGCAACUUCUCAUCCCAAUGGUUCCUCGUCAGUCAAGGAACCGGUGUCCUCUCCCUCGUCCUCCGGAAUCUAAACCACCAAUUCAAAGGUCUUGGAGUAAUCUCAAUAAUAAUAUGGCUCUACACAUGCAUAAUAUACCUCGCAACAUUAACAGUCUACCUAAUCAGAUGCUACAAAUACCCAAAACAGGUGCAAUCAGCCCUACGAAACGAUAUCACCGAAACCGCUGCCCUCUCUUCAAUAUCAAUAACCCUCUCCACGAUCAUCAACAUGAUGUGUCUAGUCUGCGUAUCAGCAUGGGGCUCGCCCUGGGGUCUAAUAACCUACACUCUGACAUGGGUUAACAUCCUGAUGGCGUCGAUAGCAUGUAUCGGUAUACCCUACGUAUUUCUAAAACUUGAGCAUCCGGGAGUAAAGAACAUAACACCAGUAGUACUCCUACCCUUCAUAGCAGCUCUAACAGCAGCAGCAGGCGCAGGAGUCAUCUCCGUCUUCGCUAAAGUCUCCCCAAAUCUACAAAUCCCAUUGAUUAUCUUUUCUUUUAUCUUGAUAGAUGAUCUACCAGACUUUUGUGCUUUGUGGACCCCCAGGACAGACGUCGUUUGCUCUUCAGGUAUUGGGGACCGCGGCGACGAAUAG